CAUCAGUAUUUAUAAGGUGGACCAUAUGUUAAAAAAUAGAUUAUCUACAGAUUUUAAAACCAUCUCCCACUAUUCUGUUCCACGUUUAUGUAACAAAGGUAAACAAAGGUGGUGCUGCCCAGGGACUUAUCCGGAGGCAGCAUAUGUUCCCCUAUGGGUCAUCCAGGGCUGUGGGGCUCCUUUGGCCAUCAUUCUUGGUGUGUAAGAGAGAACCUAGUGGAUAGACUGAUCAUAAGGACCCAGGAGACCCGAGUUCAAAUCUCCGCUCAGUCAUAGAAACUCGCCGGGAGGUGUCAAAGGGUAAAACUUGCACCCUGAAAACCCACUAGAGUUGUCACUUGUCAUAAUGCACACGCGUUGAUGGGAGAAAGGAAGGGUGUUUGGGUUUGAUGAGCUAGCCGGAAAAGCUUAGAAAGUUGUAUACACCCAACUUAAAAAAAAAAACACCAAAUAAAUGGGGCUGAUGCUUAGGGGUCCGGCCAUCGUUUGGAAGCAUAUGAAAACACGUACAAUUCCAUGGAGUUGAAAUCCAAGACUCAUUUCUCACCCUAUGCCAAAUGGGGCAUUGCUGGGCUCAGUUCGUAUGCCUUUUUGUCCCAUCCCCCCCCUUUCAACCUUCCCAGGGAUGCCUUCGGCAACAGGAAGAGUUUACGUCUCUCGAGGAGAAGCCACAGUUCCCGGGAGCCUCGGCUGAGUUCAUAGACAGGCUUGAAUUCAUUCAGCCCAAUGUCAUCUCGGGGAUUCCUAUCUACCGGGUCAUGGACCGGCAGGGGCAGAUUAUCAAUCCCAGCGAGGAUCCUCAGCUUCCCAAAGAGGAAGUGUUGAAGUUCUACAAGAGCAUGACCCUUCUCAACACCAUGGAUCGCAUUCUCUACGAAUCCCAGAGGCAGGGUCGGAUCUCCUUUUACAUGACCAACUACGGGGAGGAAGGAACCCACAUUGGCAGCGCAGCCGCCCUCGACGACACUGACCUGGUGUUCGGACAGUAUCGGGAAGCAGGUGUCCUGAUGCACAGAGGGUACCCUCUGGACCUCUUCAUGGCGCAGUGCUAUGGCAAUGCCAGUGACCCCGGGAAAGGCCGCCAAAUGCCCGUGCAUUACGGGUGCAAAGAUCUGCACUUUGUCACCAUCUCAUCCCCGCUGGCCACUCAGAUCCCACAAGCUGUCGGCUCUGCCUACGCCAUCAAGAGGGAGAACGGCAACCGGAUCGUGAUCUGCUACUUCGGGGAGGGCGCGGCCAGCGAGGGCGAUGCCCACGCGGGCUUCAACUUUGCUGCCACCCUCGAAUGCCCCAUCAUUUUCUUCUGCCGGAACAACGGUUACGCCAUCUCUACCCCAACAUCGGAGCAGUACCGGGGCGAUGGCAUCGCCGCCCGGGGUCCUGGCUAUGGCAUCCACUCUAUCCGGGUGGAUGGCAACGAUGUCUUUGCGGUGUACAACGCCACCAAGGAGGCCCGUCGCCGCGCCGUCGCGGAGAACCAGCCAUUUCUCAUCGAAGCCAUGACCUACAGGAUUGGGCAUCACAGCACGAGUGACGAUAGCUCCGCCUACCGCUCGGUGGACGAAGUCAACUACUGGGACAAGCAAGACCACCCCAUCUCUCGGCUCCGUCACUAUAUGGCGGGGCGAGGUUGGUGGGACGAAGAGCAGGAGAAGAUCUGGCGCAAGAAGUCCCGCAAAAGAGUGAUGGAGGCCUUCGAAGAGGCGGAACGCAAACUGAAGCCCAACCCUCUGCUUAUGUUCUCGGAUGUCUACUCGGAGACGCCCCGGCACAUCCAGAAGCAGCAGGAAUCCAUGGAGCGUCACCUCAAGCAAUACGGCGAACAUUACCCCCUGGGCCUCUACGAGAAGUGACCGAGGCCGUCUCGGUCUCUCUCUUCCUCUCCUCCAACAGCUAAGAUCUGUAGGAAGAACUCCCGGCUGAAAGGGUUUGGUAGGGAGAAAGGAGAGUCCCCGUCUUGUGCCACCCCUUCCUCAUCCCGAUGGCGGCCACAUGGAAAAGCAGGAAAAUCAGCUGCUCCCAGGCUCCCCCAUGACAGAACCUUUUUGCCAAUGAGUUGCGGGUGAGUCGGGUGAAGGAUGACCACCUCAAAGCUUUGACCUUCUACAGAGUCUCCAAACCCAGCUUGUUUCAGCCGCUGCUGACUGCCACUUUGUCCCGGUUAAAAAUAAUCAUCUUUCAGUCACACAUAUAACCUCUUGAAAGCACAGGGACGAACUUCAGCUUCCCAGCUGCGGAGAGAACGUGCCUGAUCUCUGCCGUUUUCCUACCUGGAGCACCGUCUCCAGUACCUCUGUCUUCCUUCUCUUUUAUUUUACAAAUAUUGGACAUCAAACCAGCAGGCUUUUCCCCCCUUCCGCGGAGGAGCUUGUAUCUCAACGAGUAAGACUUAUCUGAACCACUCUGGCAACCGAUCGCCACUUUUGGGAAGGAACCAGCGGGCUGAAGUAUGGAUAGGUGCAUUUUUUCCAACUUUUGGUGAAGGCAGACUUGCCAUCAUCUCCUUUCUUGCUCAUCCACCCUACGUUGAGGUGCUGUCUCUGAGAAAUUAUUCUUUUCUAGGGAUUCUCUACAACCACCUGAAAUGUGUCUGUAGCUAUUUUGUCAAAACACUACAAGGAAAUGAAUUUUCAAAGGCUUUGGGGGCUUUUAGCAGCUGAGGGAUAUUGCACCGGAGUUAGCUUUUGGCGUCAGGUGAGACCAGCAGUAGGAAGAAUGGUCCUUUACUCUAGUAAGCAGUUAGCAUUUCCAGCAACUUUGGAAGAGAACACAACUCUCUCCUUGUGGGUUACAUAUAUUUAAAACUGUUACAGACUGAAAGCAGUGGUGAUUUGGGGACUUUCAUGGAAAUAGUGAAUGUGGGGCUGGUGUAAGUAUGUAUGAUCAAGAGGCUGGUUGGAAGAUUAAUUAAAAAAAAUUGUACGGACACUA